AGCUAACCAGACAGUGGAUAGACGUGCAGCAGCAACAAUAAGGAUCUUGUGAGAUGGGCUUUUUAUUUUAUUUCACUUUUAAUACAAAUCUAACCAAAAGCUUAAAUUACUACCAGCAAAAGCAGACAAAACUGUUGUGUAUAGAAUAGCAUAGCAGACUUCAGUGGUUUGCAGGCUCUGGUUUUACCCGAACGCCUACUGUUGUGAUUCAAAACACUUCAGAUAAAAUGGCGGAACUUGAAAAAGACGCAGGACUGCCCCAAACAAUGCAGGAGAACCGAGAUGAAGAGGAGCCGGGCAAUUCCAUGGCAGAGGAGAUGGACAUCCCAGAAGACCUGCAAGAUGACAACCUGAUCGAGCGGGAACACUUCCACAGUUCUAAUAAUGAGAAGCAAGAUGGACAUUUGGCAGUUAGGAAGAAUGUAAUAUUAGAACGAACUAAAUUCAACCAAAGACAACAAGAAGCAGGAGAGACAGCUGAUGAUUUUAUCACUGCACUUCAUUGUUUGUCAGAACAUUGCAGUUAUGGAGCUCUGCUCAGUGAGAUGAUAAGAGACAGACUAGUUGCAGGCUUACGUGACAGAAGACUGUCCAAGCAAUUACAAAUGGACCCAGAACUAACACUGGAUAAAGCUGUCACAUGCAUUCGUCAAACUAAACUUGUGAAAAAGCAACAUGACCUGCCAGAGCAUACCUUCAAAGUUGCCAGCAACACUGCAAAUAUAAACAGUGUACUGUCACAUCGCAAACAGCAAUGCCCAGCCAAUUCCCAGUGCCAAUCAGAGAAGAAGAAUCAAAACUCAGAAAGAACAACCCCAAACAACGCAGAAGAAUGAAGAGGAGCCCCUAGAUACCGGUGACUUCAUUGAGGAUUUCAGUCCUGGAGGAGAGAAGCCUCACUACUGUGCCUACUGCGGUAGGAGCUUUCAAAAAGUGAGGGAUCUUACAAGACACCAGCAAACACAUACUGGAGAGAAGCCUCACCACUGCUCUGAUUGCAAAAGAAGUUUUGCUCGAUUAGAUAAUCUUAAAUCCCACCAAAAAAUACACGCGAAAGACAAACAUAAUUUUCUCUCCUCUAAAUGUGUGGAAAGCUUUGUCCUAUUGGAGAAGCUUGAAAAACACCAGCUGGAGAAUACCUUCAAAGCUACCAGCAGUGCAGCAAAUGUAGACAGUGUGGCUGACCUUGGGAAAAAUCAGCAGCCAGAAAGACAACUACCCCAAACAACUCAGGAGAAAAGAGAGAAGCCUCAUCAUGAUACUUCCGAUGACCUUAUUGUGAGUUCUAAUGGAGGUGAGAGGCGUCACCACUGCUCCGACUGUGGGAAGAGCUUUACACGAGUUUAUCAUCUUAAAAGACACCAACGAACACAUACAGGAGAGAAGCCUCAUCGCUGCUUUGAAUGUGGCAAAAGUUAUUCUCAGUCGUAUGAUCUGAAAAUACACCACCAGCGAAAGCAUAUGAAAGGGAAAUACUUCCACUGCAAUCAUUGUGAAGAACGUUUCUCCAAACCAGAAGAUCUGAACACACACAUGCAUGUACAUGCUGGAGAAAAGCCAUACCUUUGCCCAGACUGUGGGAAGAGAUUCCAGUUGUUAAAUGCAUUUGAAAUGCACCAACAAAAACAUACUUUGGGGCUUCUUGAGUGCUCUUAUUGUGGUAAAAGCUUUUCUAAAGUGGAUAAACUUAAACUACACCAGCGAACACAUACGGGAGAGAAACAUUUUCACUGCCCUGAUUGUGGGAAAAGUUUUACCCGCUCAGAUCUUCUGAAAAGUCACCAGAGGACACAUAAGAAAGAGGGUGAUUGUCCUUACUGUGAUAAAAGCUUUUAUGAACCGGGAGAACUAAAAAUACACAUGGAAGUACAUAGUCAAGAAAGGCCUCACCUUUGCCCCGACUGUGGGAAGAGAUUCAAACUGUUAUGGUCUUUGAAAAAGCACCAGCUAAAACACACAGAGAAGAUCUCACCACGGGAAAAGAGUCACCACUGUUCCGACUGCGGUAAGAGUUUUACUCGCGGAUAUCAUCUUAAAAGACAUAAGGAAACACACACAGGAGAAAAGCCUUACCACUGCUCUAAUUGUGACAAAAGCUUUGCAAGACAGGAGAGGCUUAAACAACAUCAACUAACACACAAAGAAAAUAAACGUUACCGCUGUUCAAGGUGUGAUAAAAGAUUUCCUGACAUGGCGAAACUAAGAUUACACCUUCCAGUACAUUCCGUAGACCUGGCACUCCCCUGUUCUGACUGUGGAAAGUGUUUCUUAAACAAGGCAAAGUUUGAAAGACACCAAAAAAUACACACUGGAAGUGGAAAAAUACCAUUCCUCUGCACUGACUGCGGGGAGGGUUUUACAAAUUUGCGACAGUUGGAAGAGCACCAGCGAACACACACUGGAGAGAAACCGUACUACUGCAUUGAUUGCGGGAAGAGUUUUGCACUUGAAAAAACAUUUAAGUGUCACAAGAAAGCACACAAGUUCAAACUCUCUGGAGAAAGAGCAGCCUAUCCCUGCUCGGAAUGUGGAAAUACUUUUUCUCGUUCAUGUGAUGUGAUGAGUCAUGUGAGAAGGGUCCAUAAUAAAGAGAGACCUUUCCAGUGCUCCUGUUGUGGGAAAAGAUUUUUCCAAAAGAACUCACUCACAAUACACAUGAGAAUGCACACUGGAGAGAAACCGUACCACUGCUCAGAAUGUGGACAAAGCUUCUCCCAAAUGAACGACAGAAAACGCCACCAGAAGAGGCAACACUCUGGAGAGGAGACUUGA